AUGUUUGGUUCAAUCGGGAUGCCGGAGUUGCUCAUCAUCUUCGUGAUCGCGUUGAUCGUGUUCGGCCCCAGGAAACUGCCUGAGCUGGGCCGGUCGCUCGGCAAGAGCCUGGGCGAGUUCAAGCGCGCGUCGAACGAUCUUCGCAACACCCUCGAAGAAGAGAUUCACAUCGAGGAGAAGACCAGCCCUGAGCCACGGGCCGCGGCGCCCGCGCCCGCGCCGGCUGCACCCGUCGAAGACCCGCAGCACGACCCGGCCGGCACCGUCUGA